AUGGACCUGCGGGGGCUCACCCUACGGUUCAGGCUGCACCCCACCGGCGCGUUCGAGGCGCUGGCCACCCUGAGGGAGCUCGUCCUCCAGUGGAUCACCCUGCACCUGCAGAAUGGAGCUCCUAUCUUCUCCAUAUGCUCCGGCUCGCUGGAGCGGCUGGACAUCAGCAUGCAUUUCGACGGUCGGCUCCACGUUGACGCCCCGGAGCUCCAAGCAUUCUAUCCGCACAUCACGUGCGACUUCUGCAUCGUUGCCCCCAAGCUCUCCGAGGUGUGCUGGUACAACUUUGACCAUGACCCGAUCCGCCAUCAUCUUGCAGAAGCCGGCGGGCACCAUCUCCGGCGGCUGGAGAUAGGAGCGGACUCUCCCGGAUCGGUUUUGAUGCGGCGAUUGGACACCGUCGACGAGCUGGACCUGACUAUCUACGUUGAAGAGGGUAUACAAGAAUACGAGAGAUUUUUGGAGGAUACAAACAAACUUGCCAAGUGUGAGGUUUUGGUGGUAAGAUUUGUGGAGAUGAAGAUUGAGCAUGCCUUUAAGCCAGCUAUGCUACAUCUUCUUAGGAAAUGUGCUGGCAUAAGAAAGCUUGUGGUGCAAUUGAGUUCUAGUAUGGAUGAUUAUCCAUGCAAGUUGCCAUCAAGAUGUCCGUGAAGUUUCAUAGAGAAUCGGAAGACACAAAAAGUUGCGUUGGGUUCACUCGAAGAAGUAGAAAUAAAGGGCAAUGGAGAAGUAGAUCACAAAGUGGAACUUGUGAGGCUGUUGUGCAAAUGCAGCGUGGUGUUUCAG